CGAAUUCGAACGUCCCUCCCAGUCGCUCAAUUUCCACACCGCAGCCUUCAUAAGUCUGCGAUUUCACCCGGUAUGGCGAAGAAGAGCAAGCUACUGGCUGCCCUAGAUGCCCACAAAGGGCGAGAUUAUCAGGCAGAAAAGAGGAAGGCGCAAGUGAAGGCUGCAGACAAGCGGAAAAGACAGAAGCUGGAGACCGCGAAGCAAGACGACGAUGGAGAGGAGCUGACGAACGGGAAAGAGAAAAAUGGAAGCGAACAGCCGCGUCUAGAUGACGAUUUUGCCGCAUUUGCAGAGGAGGACAACAGCGGAGACAAAACAGCAGAUGCAGAUGAUCAAAACGAGACCGCCGUCAAUGCAAUCAACGGUGGUGCCGCUCCCACGAUAUCACAGCCAGCCCAGCCCGUCGACGCCUCGGCUUCAGAAGCAGAAAAUGAAUCCGACGUGCCCGUCUCUGAUCUCGAGGACUCGGACCUAGAAGACACGAUCCCAUACCAAAAGAUGACCAUCAACAACGGUCCCGCCCUGCUCGCCGCUCGCAACCGUAUCUCCAUCAUUAAAACCCCCCGAUCCACGCCCUUUCACUAUCACAACUCCCUGAUAUCAGAUCUCCCGCCCACCUCACAAUCAGUCCCGGACCCGAACGACGACCUCACGCGUGAACUAGAAUUCUAUCGCAUCGCCCGAACAGCCGUCGUGACGGCGCGGGACCUGCUACUCUCCGAGAAGAUCCCCUUCUCCCGUCCCGCAGAUUACUUUGCGGAAAUGGUCAAGAGCGAUGAACACAUGGGCCGCGUGAAGCAGAAGAUGUAUGACGAGGCGGCGAACAAGAAAGCUGCAGAGGAGGCGCGCAAAUUGAGGGACGCCAAGAAAUUCGGAAAAGCGGUCCAGGUCGCCAAAGAGCAGGAGAGGGCGAAGGAGAAGAGAGACACGCUUGAGAAGAUCAAGGAGUUGAAGAGGAAACGCAAGGGCGCCGACACCGGCAAAGUGACCGAGGGCAACCUAGACGAUGACCUCUUCCAAAACAUCGACGUGGAGAAUCCGGCCGUGAAGGAUCGGUCAGGCCGUGACCGGGGUCCCGGCGGUGGCCCCAAUCCAAAGAGGCAGAAGCGCGAUCAGAAAUAUGGCUUUGGUGGUAAGAAACGGCACGCAAAAAGCGGUGAUGCUAUCAGCAGUGGCGAUCUGCGCGGAUUUUCUGCAGCCAGGAUGAAAGCCAAGGGCGGAAAGGUAAAAGCAAAGAGGCCCGGGAAGAGCAAGAGGGCGGCUGCUCGGUGAUACUUGAAAACAUGACACGACUUGCGGGAAGAACCAUGAAAGCGGAAAAGAACCGUUAACGCGGUUGAUUCUCUACGGAGAUACAAUGCUAUAUAAGAGCACAUGGGGUAUCACAAUCACACGGACAAAGACAAUGCGAAGACUCCCCAACCCAGCACAGCCAUCGGAUCCAGAACGCCUUCCCUAAAUGCUUGUGGUAAAGGUCCCAGGUUGCGCGCGUCAAACAACCCACUGCCCCAGGAAUGCUUGCAGAUGGCCCGUCUGAUGCUGCCGACCAACACGCUUAGCCUCUUGAGCAACCAAGUCGAGCAUUUCUUGUGCCUCCGGUCCAGGUGGUAGUUCAGGCAACGCGUCCGGAUCCGGAUGGCCAUUGAGCUGUCGACUGGGACUAUCUUCGCGACCGGGUCCCGAGUCUGCCAUAGCUUCUCUCAUCCUGCUGGGUGGCAGAAGGCCAACUUGCCGUCGAGCUACUGGUGAUGAAAUGGGAACGUCACUCAUCACUUCGUCGUCGUCCUCUUCCACGACGCCUCUUGCGCGCUUGUGCGAUUUGCUAGCCCCACUGGGACGAAGCACCGACUUCAUUCGGUGCCGCUGCGGUUUCCCACCGCCUGGUUUGCGAGGUGUCUUCAUCGUCUCAUCCGCUACCACGUCGGCAAGUGUGGCUUCCAACUCAUCGUAUAUUCUCCGGGUGGACCAAUUGAAUUUCUUUCGGAGCUUUGCUUCAUUCAUUAGUUUCAGUAAAGGUUCUGCUGAGCGCUCAAAAGCGGCCACUGCCUCUUCGUGCGAACCAUCGAACGCGGGAAGCUUUUGUAGCUCCGUGGCGGCCUCGUCAAUCCCACAGUGUCUCAUAUUGAAGUUGGCUGACUUUCGGAGGAUGUUCAGCAUAUCCCAUAUAGGCUUGGUCCAAUCAAUGGGCUCCGGCUUGGUUUCGGUCAC